AUGUCGACCGACUUCCCCGACCCAGACGACAUCCUUUCCUUCAUCCUUUACAUCGAACCUGACGAGGGCAUGUACAAGGGCGGCCGUUUCAGCUUCACGUUCAACAUCACGCCGUCCUUCCCGCACGAGCCGCCGAAGGUGCUCUGCCGCGAGAAGAUCUACCACCCGAACAUUGACCUCGAGGGCAAGGUGUGCCUGAACAUCCUGCGCGAGGACUGGAAGCCGGUUCUGAACCUGAACGCGGUGAUCGUGGGGCUGCAGUUCCUGUUCCUGGAGCCCAACGCCAGCGAUCCCCUCAACAAGGAGGCGGCCGAGGACCUGAGGAACAACCGGGAGGGGUUCAAACGGAACGUGAAGCAGGCCAUGGCCGGCGGGAGCGUGCGCGGGGAGACAUACCAGCGGGUGCUGCUUUAG